CUCCUCUCCUCUCACUCUUUCAUUUCCUCUUUGAUUUCAAAUCUAAGGUUUCUACUUCCUUUUUUCAUCUUCACGUGUCCAAACACAAACACAGAUCCAUAACAGUUUCUGUAAAAUGUUAGUUGAGCGAUCAAUUGCUUCAGAAUUUCUACAUCUUCCCAAAAAGUAAGCUCUGUGAUAUGUUUGUCACAAUGAAAUUGGAUCCAAAUUAGGUUAUUGGUUUCUUUUUUUACUAUCUCGUGUCAGUAUUUUGGUACCUUUGGGAUUUUCCCUGGGCUUCCGUUAUACUACACAUGCAACUCUUGUGGUGCAUAAAUUUCUUCAAAUAGUGCAAGAUUAUUAUAUAGUUUUUUAACCUAAAUAUCAAGGUCUGACAUGAAUUGUUAUGAUAAUGAAAAACGCAUAACCAGAAGAAGGAAGAAGUCACAAAUGCUUGGUCCUUCACCGCCCGAACCAGUUUCGCCCACCUACAAACGCCGCAAAGGUCGCUCAUCGGGUUCUGGCCGGGUACAGCUCGCUCGAGCUUCAGCGGAUUCAUCGAGCAGGUCAUGCAACGGGACCAUUGUUUAUAUUUCUCCAUCUCUCCAAUCAAAUGGUAAUAAUCAAUCGGAACCUUUACAAUUUGGCGAACAAGUUAUUCAUGUAAAUACAUCACCAGUCAUUCUCCAGAAUAAACAGCAUAGCCAGAACAUGAAGAUAGAGUCCCAAGAUGUUGCUGUUAAUGAUCAGCCAAGUACUAGUUGUGUUCAGGAAGUCCAAGGUUCCCCAAUUCAUGAAGUUCAACUAUCAGUCAACUAUCCUCAGUGCAGCCGUGAAAAUGAGGGAGCUAACACCAGAGCUAAACACCCAUCAAGUAGCACAUCACGAGCAGACUCCAAUGUUGUGAACCAGAGUCUAGUCCCGAUUUUUCAAGCAAUAAUGGACAAGCACGGGGAUAUUUCUAAAAAUUGCUCACUGGAGUCCGAAUACAUGCGGACUUCUGUCCUGAUAGGAAUAUGCAAGAUUGUCCAAGAACUUCAGAGAAUUGGACUGACAGAAUUGGACUGCAGCCGCAUGUCUGCCUAUUCUUCUAUUUUGAAAGACGCCGAAAAGAUGAAAGUUGAUGUGAAAUGGCUGCAAGAGAGACUUGAUGAAAUCGAAGAAGUGGUACAAUCAAAUGUGGAGGCUAAGAGAUUAACAGAUAUAAAGACUCAGUGCAUGGAACAGGUUGAGGGUAUGAAAACAGAAGUGCAGAAUCUUAUGUCUGAAAUUGAAGCAAAAGAACGUCGAUUGGAACAGAAGACACUAGAGAUUGAAGAGCUGAACGAUACCAUCAGAGACAAGACUGCUGUAUCCCAGCGGUUCGAGGGCAAGUCUUUGUUGGACGGGCUUCUUUAGAUGCACCUGGAUGGUGUCUCUCUUUUGACUCAUCUUUUGGUUAUAUUUUGAAUAGUUUUCUUCCAUGUUUUUGACUCAUCUCAUGGUUAGAGCUAGGUAUUCUAGAGGGAAAGGGGAAGCAGGGACAGUAGGAGGACUUGUGUUUUUAAAUUUUUGGCAUGACAUUUCCCUCAUCUAUUGAACACAAUCAGUUUUUGAAUUGAUCCAGUGGAAUCAGAGUUGAUCAAACAGAAAUUAACUAUGACCCUGAUAUCCUUUUUGAGACUCUUGGUUCAUCUAUUUUAUUCCUAUGUAGUCUUGGUAUUGUAUAUUUGUUCUAUGUGAAUUAACUACUAAUUUCUUCAUUCAACUGUCAGAUUUUUUUUUUUUUUUUUUUUUGGACACUUAGUAGGUAUAGUGAAUUGCUAGACUUGUGAAAGUUUACGAUACCCUGGGAUUACUGAACCCCCGAGGUUUUCAGCCAUUGGAUGUGGUGGUGGGACUUACUUGAUGGAUGAUUCAAUGACCAAGGGUAUGGUUUCAAAGCACAUUCGGUUACACAAUUUACUGCUUUAUCACUUUGAUCGAGGCGAGAGAACGAACAAAGUAUAUCACUUUGAUCGAGGCGAGAGAACGAACAAAGUAUUUACUGCGAGUAUCACUACUCAAUACUAGUUUAGCUUCAUAUACUUGUCACCUUAAAAUUGAAAUGCAUUCUUAUUGAUAAUUAUUUGUUCCUUUGAUAACCUUAAUUUGCUCGCAAGUUAUAUCUCUGGCAGACUGGCACUUGCAGUUUUACAUGUA